UUCCAACCAUAGAAAAUGGAUAAAAACUUCAUACCCAUUAUUAUUAUUAUUCAUUAUUCUGAUUUUUAAUAUUAAACUGUUUCAUUGGAUUUGGCAUCGACGCCCAUAAAUUAUAAUGUCUAAAAUGGUAUCGAGUUAUUGGCUCACCAAAAAAAACCGGUCCUCGCCUACACACACAAACACACUCACCACACGCACGCACAUACACACACGUAGCAUUUGCACACAAAUAUGUGGAGUUCGUGGAAUCUGAUGUGGAGGGACGACGGGUUUUUACAAUACUACAAAAAAAUACAAUGGCUAUACAUUGUUAUGUUCAGUUAGCUUCGGACGACAUCUAGAUAACAUUCCAAUCCGGUAUCCAAAUUGCGACUCUUGGUCCGGAAUCUCCGAGAAACGACACACAUGUCCAAUCAAAUUUUUUGUACUGAAAACGCACUAACUGCGUCCAAAAAUGAAUCGGAAAGGGGACAAAAAAGAUAAUGCUAACAUCCGCCGUCUAAAGCAAUUGAAACAAAAAUUAAAACCGUAUCGAGACAAACAUACUAUGGACUGUAUAAAGAUGAUCACUAAGUCAGUGAAACUGGUUGAACAUUGGGAGACCCUCGAAAGUGUGCUAACUGAGGGCCAUACCCAUGAAGAUGUUAAGAAAUGUCUUCAAAACGCAGUGAACAAGAUUACUGUAAACGGAGUUUACAACAGUGAACGUAUGAUGGGCCACUUUGACAUGACAGUGGAUUUGGUUGAAAAUAUGACAAAUGUUGACAUUAACUCAACUGCGAUAGCAAUCGAUGAAAUAAAUCCUUUUAAAAUGAACUCACCAGCACUCUUUGCUAAUACAGUGAAUCCUUUUAAAAUCAACUCAUCAGCAAUUUAUAAUAAUACAGAGAAUCCUAUAGAAAUUAAAUCGUCAGAAAAUAAUGUCAACAAAGUGAAUUGUGAUAACAUUGAGCCAACAGGUAAUGUAAUAAACAAAUUUAAUCAUUUGCACCUCCACGGUUGUAAAUGUUAUAGGAAAUAACUUAAAAAUGUGUCAUGUGCGUGUGUCACCAUCUUAUUUUGUUGUACAUUUUGUGCUUAUUUUUAUUUUUAUUUAUGUUAUUCCAUAUAGUAUAUGUGUCUGUUAAUAUUUACAUGUUUAAAUUUUUUGCUCUACUCUGUCAUACAAAAUAUAUAUAUAACAUGAUAAAUGUUAUGUUUACAACAAUUAAUUUUAAAUUUAAAAUGAAUUAUGAUCAUUUUAAAAUUUGCAAAAAAAUUACAGUUUUAAAAUACUCAUAACUUACAUUACAUUUUAAAAAUAACAGUAAAAUGAGUAAAAUAGAUUAUUAUGAAUAUAAAAUUUGAUAUUUUGUAUGUUUAUAAGCUGUAGACAACACAAUAUGCAAGUUUAGCGUUCUCUUAAAGGUAAAAACAUAUUAUUCCAUAGUUUGAUGAAAGUGUUUUUGAUAUUUUAAUUUUGAAGCGAGUAAUAAAAAUAUUUAAAUUGUAAUUUUUUAUAUGAUUUUAAGUUGUUUUAAAAUUUAAAUGUUAAAAUAACAUAUCCUAUACAUAACCUAACAUAAACCAUGGUGAAUGUUGUUAUUGUUAUUUCUAAGUUUAAUAAUAGGUAAAUUAAAAACAAUAAUAUUAAAAUUUGCAAGUUAAAUGAGAACUGUUGAACGUUAAUUUUUAUUAUGUUACACACUUAAUGGGAUGGUAUACUUGAGGGAUGCUAUGGCCGCAAAUGGUUUUUAAUUUUACCAUAAAUUGUCAUGAAUUACUUUUACAUUUAUUAAUAUAUAUUAUAUACUAAUUGAUCACAUUAUAAUUAUUUUAAUCUUUGACACUAGUGACACUGACUAAGAUGUAUAUCUGAUACUAGUUAUUUAUUGUAUAUCUUAGUUUGUAAUUUCUGACUUCUUAUCAAGACUACAGUGAUUAUACGUGUAUAAUAUGCCUACAUAUAAUACCAACGUUGUAACCACAAAAAAGGAACUAUAAGUUAACUAUAUUUUAAGCAGGAAUAACAAAUUAACAAAAAAUAAUAAUAAUAACAGAUAAAAACGA